AAAAUGGUGUGAAAGACAUUGUUCAACAAUUACCUACAUCAUUCUACAUUUUCAAAGGCAUAAUUUAACAAACAAGCAAGGCUACUUUAUCUAUCCCAACAGGUAUAUGGUUAAGUAGGAUGUAGAGUUAAGGAGAGAUAUCAUUUGUAUUGCCUUUCAUUCUUGCUGAAACUGAUCCUUCUGAAGGAGAUUAGAGUAGUGUGUGCUGUAAUCUGAGUCACAUGUGACCAGGAAGAGUAGUUAGCUAAAAUAUCUCACAGAAAUAGACUUAGCCAGGAUACCCUGACUGUGAUAUAAAACGGUUUAGAAAGGUGUGUGUGUGAGAGAGAGUUUGAUAGGGAGACAAUAGAUUAUGUGAAACGGAUUAUAAUACUUGAUUAGCAAAGUUUUAUUUGUGGAUAAUUAGAUAAGAACAUGUGAAAUAGGAAUGUGUGGAAUUAUCAAAGUACCCAAGUGUAAUUAAUGAAGUUGUUUUGUAUUUAUUUUUAACAGAGAGAGAGAAAGGUUUUCUACUACCAACUUCUAUUACUACCUUGGACUCCUUCAUCCUUACAAUGCCAAAGAGUGACACAUGGCCGGGUGGUGUCGCCAUAGAGACAAUGACUAGCAUGGACAGUGCAGGUAGCUGUGACAGUGUUGUCAGCAUGAACUCUGGAUUUAGUGACGAUAGCUUUGAGCACCUGUCUGCUGAGGAGAGGGCAUGUCUCAUGUUCUUGGAAGAGACCAUAGAGUCCCUAGAGACUGAGGAGGACAGUGGACUAUCCAAUGAUGAGCCUGACCGCCUGCCCACCCUUGGCAAUGUGGCCACCAAGAUGGCCCACCUCUCUGCCUCCAUGGGCCAAAACAAACUCAACAAUGUAUCAAAAUAUCCCAGAGAGCAGAACGGUUACCUGGUUCCUACUCCGUUCAUUCUGGCCAACAGCACCUCCUGCAUCCUGCCAAAGGCUAGGCCAGGCAUACCCCAAGAUAAGGAGAACUCUCUCUCAAAGCCCCAGGUCACUGCCUUGGACAACAUGCCAUGUCAGGGCAACCACCCUUGUUUACCCCCUGAGGUCAAUGUUGUUGUGAUUCCCCCUCCGUCAAAGCCCAAAGACUACCCUGGUCAGAGACCACCUCCUUCACCAAGAGGCCCUCUGUCCUAUGAAGCCCUAGUGCAUCUGAGGAAGAGUGCCUCCAUGAAGAGAACCCCUCAAAGUCCCACAGCUGAGAACAGAGACUGGAACAGGCAGCCCUCUGCAUCAGACAUACCCAUUCACCCGCAUCAUGGAAGCACACCCAGAGGCCGCUCAGUCACCCCAGCCCAAGGGAUACUCCCCCGGGAGCCCAGCAAGCACAAGGCCAGUCCUCCAGUCGUGUUCCCCCCCCCCAAAAAAAUCCCUUCCCACAUUGCUGUGAAUACCCAAAGGGAUACUGCUAACCCAACUACAGACUCCAGUGCCCCUUCCUUGGGCUCAUUGCCCAGGGACAGGCGUUUGUCGGACCCACAGAAGGUGAGAAAUGAUGCCUUACAAAAGCUGGGGCUCCUGAGAGACAAUAAUGAGUCCCAACCUGAGCCUGUUACGCCCCUGUGCACCUCCAAAUCUCACUCCUCCUUGGAACUAACUUCAGCCCGUGUGGGAGUCAAAGCUCCACCUCAUGGUAACCCAACAAGAAGCCAGCCCUCAACUACCUCCCAGGGACCCAGAGAAUCUAACAGCAGGCCAGUAAAAAGCAGCAGCAGCUUCCUCCAUCGCUCUAGUGAGGAGCAGCCCACCGCCCCCCUCUCACACCCGUCCAAACCCAGUGGGGUCAAAGCUGCCACCCUGGAGCGCUCAGGGGUGGGGCUUGGGAGCUACAUGGCCGACCAUGGGAUACAUUCCGAUCCCCGCUCCGCCACCCUGGGCAGCCAGAGGGAGGGUGGACGUUGCACCCCAUCUGCUCCCAACAAAGCCUCAGAACAGGUGGAAACAACCCCCGCUGCUCAGCCAGUGUCCCCCCACAAGACCCUGCACUGCCCAGGCUUCAGUGUGGUGAUGAUGCCCAGCAUGGGAGAAGACAGACGAGAGGCACUUAGGAAGCUGGGGCUGCUGAAAGACUAGGCCCGGAGAGAAGGCAGCCAGAAUAUCUGCCCAGUGGAUAAACAGAUAUACAGAGGGUAUCAAAUGAAACACACUUCCACCACAUUAGGGAGGGAAGCAGACAAAAGUGGGGAUUGAACCGAUUUCUGUAAAUAUUUUGAGCAUUGAACAUGCUGGCUUUUCAGGAAAGACUGGCCUCUUUCUUCCGUUUCUCUCUUUAAGAGAGUACUGCAGAUUAAUUUACUGAGUAGUGCCGGGCAAUUAACUGUCAUUUAGUUUCAAUAAUUUGAAUUCCAUUUUGUUCAGUUUUUUUCUUCUUCUGUAAGCUCAAUAUAAACAUUGCACAGUUUCUCUAGGGAUAAAGCAGAUCAAGCCUGAACUGUGUGAAGCCUGAACUGAACUGUGGAGAGUUGUAGUUUCCAACAGGCCAAUAUUCUACAUAGUUACGGUCAAUAUUCUACAUAGAAAACAUGGUAAUUAACUACAAUGAUGAUAAUCCAUUGCGCCUACUUGUCCGUCUGUGUGUUUGUUUUACGCCUGUUACGUUGCGUUAGUGUGUGGCAGACACAGAGGGCAAGAGAAGAGACAGAAGAAUGCUCGAUCAGAAGGGAUAGAGAGUAGUUGCUUCAGGAGUUAUAUCUACCUAAAAAUAUUUGAUCUAAGUAUGCCUUAUUUACUUUGAAGAACUACUAAAAUAGUGAUUAAGUCAGACAGCAUAGGCAGCAGCUAUAUAUAAACCGAACCGACCUCAAAAAGCACUAAUUUACUGUUACCGCAAUUUAAUUUUCAUGUCAGUUUAACAACAUUAUAUUUUUACAUUGUUUUUCUAUGAUUUUGUUGUCGCAGAAUCAGUCACUGAACACUCUUUUAAAGCAGAUCAGAGAAGUGUCUAUCAUAAUUAUUCACCCCCUUACAUGUAGUUGCUUUACAAAGUGGGAUUUAAAGGGAUUUAUUGUGAUUUUUUUGUCAUUGAUCUACAGAAAAUACUCUAUAACAUCAAAGUGAAAAGAAAAUUAUAUAAAUGUUAACAAAUAAACAAAAAUACAUAACUAAAAUGUAUUGGUUAUAUAAGUAUUUAACCCAUAUGUUAUGGAAAGCCUAAGUAAUAAUUCAACCACAAAGACCAGAGAGGUUUUCCAAUGCCUUGCAAAGAAGGGCACCAAUUGGUAGAUGGGUAAAAAAAAGCAGACACUGAAUAUCCUUUUAAGCAUGGUGAGGUUAUUAAUUAGGCUUUGGAUGGUGUAUCAAUACACUAAGUCACUACAAAGAUACAGGCGCCUUCCUAACUGAGUUGCCAGAGAGGAAGGAAACUGCUCAGGGAUUUCACCAUGCCAAUGGGGAUUUUAUAACAGUUACAGAGGAUAAUGGCUGUGAUAGAAGAAAACUGAGGAUGGAUUAACAUUAUUGUAGUUACUCCACAAUACUAACCUAAAUGACAGAGUGAAAAGAAGAAAGCCUGUACAGAAAAAUAUGUCAAAGGAAUUAACUUUUUGUUUUGAAUACAAACCGCUAUGUGUGGGGCAAAUCCAACACAUCUCUGAGUGCCACUCUCCAUAUUUUCAAACAUGGUGGUGGCUGCAUCAUGAUAUGGGUAUGCUCGUAAUUGGCAGGGAUGGGAGUUUUUCAGGAUAAAAAGAAACGGAGUGGAGCUAAGCACUGGUAAAAUCAUAGAGGAAAACCUGGUUUAGUCUCCUUUCCACCAUACACUGGGAGACAAUUUCCCCUUUCAGCAGGACAAUAACCUAAAACACAAGGCCAAAUAUACACUGGAGUUGCUUACCAAGACCACAUUGAAUGUUCCUGAGUACAGUUUUGACUUAAAUCGUCUUGAAAAUCUAUGGCAAGACUUGAAAAUAGCUGUCUAGCAAUGAUCAACAACAAACUUGACAGAGCUUGAAGAAUUUUGAAAAGAAUAAUGGCAUAAUAUGGCAUAAUCCAAGUGUGCACAGCACUAAGUGGCCGAUUCGGACCCUAGUUAAGCGCACGUAAAUGGAACCCGCUAUUCAUUUGGGGUGGAGAUCUAAUAAAUGAAGGUGUGGCGGAGGUGUGUCUACAGAUAUAGCGUAUUCUGAUCUUGACUUAAUUCCCUAACAAUUCCACCACCUUUACACGUGAGGAAACCAUAAAUAAGGUCUAGCGAACCCACCAAUUCCAAGUGGAAAAAGCAUCUACUUAAUUUUUCCUGAUAGAAAUAAUGCUAUUUUCCAUGCAAUGUAAUUUACAACUUGUUAAGAGCUAUUGAUAAGAUCUAGGUAAAUGAGUAAUCUGUUUGGCUAAGGGAAUUGUAAAUAUAAAUCACACUUGUUUUAGAUCUCUUUUACUUUAUAAUCGCUGGAGACAAAUGUGAAACCAGUCAUAUGGCAGCAAACAGGAGCAUAUCAACAUACCCACGGUAAAGUUUAUGAAUUGUUGUGCCAUUAUGCAAACUGUAAAUUGUAAGGGCUUUUAACUUGCAGGGAUGGGCACUCUCGAAUGUCUUAAUUAUAGGCUACCCAGACUUUCUCUGUUUCCUAUUUCUUGCAUUUUAAUAGCCACUAUCAGUAUUGAUUGUCAGUAGGCCUAAUAACCACACAUAUUCAACUGUCAAUUUGCUGUUAGUUCCCUUCUGAUGGUAAAGCCUAGUUAUCAUUCCAUUUAAUUACAUUGUUUCGUUUACCUUCAUUUGCUUCCUCUGUAAACGGCGUAAUGAUCGUGUGGUUGUUGCUGAAGAUCAUUAGUGACAAUUGAUGAUAUAUAAAAAAUAAAUGUAAGCUAAUUAAAUCAUUAUGGCACAGCGCGCAGACCAAGCCGUAACAGUUUGAACCUGACGCAUGGCGCAAUACUUGGCCGUGUAGUCACACAGUUCCAUGGUUUGUGUUCCAUGGUUUGUGCAGGCAAUAGACUAGGGUAUAGCCUACUAUUGUAUACUAUUCCCCCUAUUAUAAUUCUACUGUAUAUACAGUAAUCUUUCAACACUACCAUGGAUUGAGGAACUGAAUGUGACAAUUUUCAGAAUGAAUCAAACCACCAUUUUCUUUCUUUUGUGCGUAAAGGCUCUCCAAACCUGUUUUUUAUGAUUCUAAAGUAUUUUCCUUAACCUAAAUAAUCUACAAGAUCAGAGUAUUUUUUUAUCUACCAAUUGGUGCUGAAACAGAGAAGAAUAUGCAUAUAUUUAGAUGGCUUUCUUUCAUUGAUACCUAAUAUUCUGAAGCCGUUCUCUCGAUAUAUUCUAGUGAGUCUGUCAACAAAAUUCAAACUAAAAGGUACACCUUCUUUAAAGGGAUGGCUUAAGAUAAAUGUACUGAAAACCCUAUUGAAUGAAAACUCCACGAGAAAAUCUGUUGGCCAGCAAGUGGGAGGAUUUUCAGGGGUUGAAUGACAUUUAUUCAGAGCGCACAAGGCAGCCAUCCCUGCAGAGCGCAUUAAGCGACUGAAUAAGGUAAGUCUGAACACCAAAUAUGUGGGAAUGUCAAAUUCCUAAGUCUGAAUCGGCCCCUAUGAGACUUACCUAAGAAGUAUACCCAAACAGUGUUCUAUAAAGAAGACUCACAGCAGUAAUCACUGCCAAAGGUGUUUCUAAGAUCCCACUGGGCAAAACAGUUUGAACCCCCAAAAAAUCUAUGUGAUAACAUUGAAUCAACGUGGAAAACUAAUUGAAUUUGCAAAAAGUAAUCAACGCAAGGACAUUUUGUAUUCUUUCACCCAACUUUUAACAUAAAUCCAAUGACGUGGUGAUAUAUAUAUUCACGAAGUCACGAAGUUGACAACUCAACCAAAUGUAAAUCAAAACUGACGUCUGUGCCCAGUGGGAUGUAUUGUCUUAGGGGGGUGAAUACUUAUUUAAUGGAAGAUAUAUUUGUUUUUUAUUUUAAUUCAUAAAAAAAAAAGUAAAUUAUAUUUUUAUUUCACUUUGACAUUAUUUUGUGUAAAUCGUUGAAGAAAGAAAUUAUAAUUAAAUACAUUGUAAUCCCACUUUGUAACACAAUAAAAUGUGAGGAAAUCCAAGGGGGGGUGGGGGGAUACUUAUGAUUGGCACUUUAACAGGCGUAUCAUAUUUAACAGGCGUAACAGACUUCAUUCGUGGUUGAGAUGUGAACGUAUUUGAUCAUAUGUAACAGUAUAACUUUAAACCGUCCCCUCGCCCCGACACGGGCGCGAACCAGGGACUUUCUGCACACAUCAACAACAGUCACCCACGAAGCGUCGUUACCCAUCGCUCCACAAAAGCCGCGGCCCUUGCAGAGCAAGGGGCAACACUACUAAUAGGUUUCAUAGCAAGUGACGUAACUGAUUGAAACGCUACUAGCGCGUACCCGCUAACUAGCUAGCCAUUUCACAUCCGUUACACUCACCCCCCUUUCAACCUCCUCCUUUUCCGCAGCAACCAGUAAUCCGGGUCACGGCACCAAUGUAACAGUAUAAUUUUAAACCGUGCCCUCGCCCCGACACGGGCGCGAACCAGGGACCUUCGCACACAUCAACAAAGGUCGCCCACGAAGCAUCGUUACCCAUCGCUCCACAAAGGCCACGGCCCUUGCAGAGCAAGGGGCAACACUACUAAUAGGUUUCAUAGCAAGUGACGUAACUGAUUGAAACGCUACUAGCGCGUACCCGCUAACUAGCUAGCCAUUUCACAUCCGUUACACUCACCCCCCUUUCAACCUCCUCCUUUUCCGCAGCAACCAGUAAACCGGGUCACGGCACCAAUGUAACAGUAUAAUUUUAAACCGUGCCCUCGCCCCGACACGGGCGCGAACCAGGGACCUUCGCACACAUCAACAAAGGUCGCCCACGAAGCAUCGUUACCCAUCGCUCCACAAAGGCCACGGCCCUUGCAGAGCAAGGGGCAACACUACUAAUAGGUUUCAUAGCAAGUGACGUAACUGAUUGAAACGCUACUAGCGCGUACCCGCUAACUAGCUAGCCAUUUCACAUCCGUUACACAUACACUUAAACAUGUUGGACUAUUUUGUGUCAGAUGACCAUUCCCUUUCCAUUUUUUUCCUGACUGAGCUUCCCGUUGUUAAAUUACAGCCAUUUGUUUUCCCUCCAACCCCCACAACCCAAUCAUAGAAUAGGUUUUGUACAAAAAGACAAAUAAUUAUUUAUACAGGUUCUUUCCACCAGCUUUACCUUUCUCUGCCUCAGUGCACCCUCCUCUCCUCUUACAGACUAGCCAUACUACUCAUUUUACACAUGCCACUUUCGCAAUGAGAAAGCCUACUCAGCUGUCUGUGUGUUAUCGGAUUAUCUUGGACUGCACCUCUAUGUGAACCUGUCCUACUGAACAAACCAGUGCUUUCUUUUCUGUGGUGCUCAUUCCUAAUGUCCAAACAGCUCUUUCAUUUCAUGGUCACAACAUCACUGUUGCUAUGGUUCCACUUCAGCGUUAUCUCUCAGUGAGGUACUAUUGUAGUGGAGCUGUAUCCAUGUCUGAGUGGAGUACUUUGCAUAUGAUGGUGUCACCUCUCUCAACUGAAACACCUGCCACCGGUCAAGUCAUAUUGAACAAUUGAUGGAAAAAUCGAUCCAUUAACCAAGUGGGAAACACAAUACAGAGAAAUAAAAAAUAAAUGAUUUAAUUAAUCGAUCUUCAGACUAAAUGGACACCCCCCAAGUGAUGUUCCAUUGUGAUGGCAAUUUACAGUAUGUGGGUAGGGAUAUUAAAGGGAUAGUUCACCCAAAUUACAAAACCCUGUAAACAGUCUGGACAAGGUAUGACAGCAAUCCAUGCUUUGGUUGUGUUUACCUGGUUUCAAAUGCUAACUGCUCGCAUUUAUGGCACAAAUCCAAUGCAAGUCAAUGGUACCUAUAUUAGUAUUUUCAUGUUUCAUAUCCAAAUCAUCUUAAAGUAUCUACAAAUGUAUUUUGUAACUCAAUUAAGUUAGUUAAAGAUGUCGACAUGAAGCGUGGAAAGGCUAAAGUACAGUGUCUUCAGAAAGUACUCACACCCCUUGACUUUCCACAUAUUGUUGUGCUACAGCCUGAAUUUAUAAUGAUACAAUUUCGAUUUUGGGUCUCUGGCCUUUAUACAAUACACCGUAAUUUUUUUAAGUGGAAUUUUUUUUAGAUAUUUUUACAAAUUUAUAAAAAAGAAAAAGCUGAAAUGUCUUCAAUAUGUAUUCAUCCCCUUUGUUAUGGCAAGCAUAAAUAAGUUCAGGAGUAAAUAUUUGCUUAACAAGUUACAUAAGUCGCAUGGACUCACUCUGUGCAAUAAUAGUAUUUAACAUGAUGUUUGAAUGACUACCUCAUCUCUGUACCCCACGCAUACAAUUAUCUUUAAAGUCGAACAGUGAAUUUCAACCAAUUUCAACCACAAAGACCAGGGAGGUUUUCCAAUGCCUAGGAAAUAAGGGCACCUAUUUGUAGAUGGGUAAAAAUAUAUAUAUAUAUUAAAGGCAGACAUUGAAUAUCCCUUUGGGCAUGGGGAAGUUAUUAAUUACACUUUGGGUGGAGUAUCAUACACCCAGUCACUACAAAGAAACAGUUGUCCUUCCUAACUCAGUUGCCCGAGAGGAAAGAAACCGGUCAGGGACUUAACGAUGAGGCCAGAAUUGUAUUAACCUUUAUUUAAAACUAAGCAAGUCAGUCAAGAACAAAUUCAUAGUUACAACGAUGGCUUACCCCGGCCAAACCCUGAUAACAAUGGGCCGCCCUAUGGGACUCCCAAUCACGGCCGGUUGUGAUAGAGCCUGGAAUCAAACGAGGGUCUGCAGUGAUGCCUCUAGCGCUGAGAUGCAGUGCCUAGACCGCUGCGCCACUCAGGAGCAGCAGGGACUUUAAAACAGUUACAGAGUUUAAUGGCUAUGAUAGGAGAAAACAGAGGAUCGAUCAACAACAUUGUACUUACUCCACAAUACUAACCUAAAUGACAGAGUGAAAAGAUGAAGCCUGUACAGAAUAAAAAUAUUCCAGAACAUGCAUCCUGUUUGCAAUAAGGCACUAAAGUAAAACUGCAAAAACGUCUCAACGUCAACAGUGAAGAUCCGACUCUGGGAUGCUGGCCUUCUAGGAAGAGUUCCUCUGUCCAGUGUCUGUUCUUUUGCCCAUCUUAAUCUUUUAUUUUUAUUGGCCAGUCUGAGAAAUGGCUAGAAGGCCAGCAUCCCGGAGUCGCCUCUUCACUGUUGACAUUGAGACUGGUGUUUUGCGGGUACUAUUUAAUGAAGCUGCCAGUUGAGGACUUGAGGCGUAUGUUUCUCAAACUAGACACUCUAAUGUACUGUCCUCUUGCUCAGUUGUGCACCGGGGCCUCCCACUCUUUCUAUUCUGGUUAAAUCCAGUUUGUGCUGUUCUGUGAAGGGAGUAGUACACAGCGUUGUACGAGAUCUUCAGUUUCUUAGCAAUUUCUCGCAUGGAUUACCUUCAUUUCUCAGAACAAGAAUAGACUGACGAGUUUCAGUAGAAAGUUCUUUGUUUCUGGACAUUUUGAGCCUGUAAUCGAACCCACAAAUGCUGAUGCUCCAGAUACUCAACCAGUCUAAAGAAGGCCAGUUUUAUUGCUUCUUUUAUCAGUACAACAGUUUUCAGCUGUGCUAACAUAAUUGCAAAAGGGUUUUCCAAUGAUCAAUUAGCCUUUUAAAAUGAUACACCUGGAUUAGCUAACACAACGUGCCAUUGGAACACAGGAGUGAUGGUUGCUGAUAAUGGGCCUAUGUACGCCUAUGUAGAUAUUCCAUUUUAAAAAAUCCACUGUUUCCAGCUACAAUAGUCAUUUACAACAUUAUCGUCUACACUGUAGUUCUGAUCAAUUUGAUGUUAUUUUAAUGGAUAAAAAAGUGAUUUUCUUUAAAAAAACAAGGACAUUUCUAAGCGACCUCACAUUUUUGAAUGGUAGUGUAAAUCGGCUUGAAAAUCUAUGACAAGACUUGAAAAUGGAUGUCUAGCAGUGAUCAACAACCAACUUGACAGCGCUUGAAGAAUUUUUGAAGAAUAAUGUGCAAAUAAAUAUUGUACAAUCCAGGUGUGCAAAGUGCUUAGAGAAUUACCCAGAAAGAAAGUCACAGCUGUAAAUUGUUGCCAAAGGUGAUUCUAACAUUCACACCCAGAGGUGUGAGUACUUAUGUAAAUGAGAUAUUUCUGUAUUUAUUUUCAAUAAAUUAGCAAAAAUGUCAAAAAAUAUGUUUUCACUGUCAUUAUAGUGUAUUGUGGGUAGAUGAGUAAUAGAAAAAUGAAUUUUUAAUACAUUUUGCAGCCAAUCUGUAACAAAAUAUGGAAUAAGUCGAGAUGAAUAAUUCCGAAGGCACUGUAGGUGCCAUUGACUCACAUUGGAUUCGCACCAUAUAUGCUCAAAAGUUAACAUUUGAAACAGUGGACAAUUUAAACAACCAAAGCAUGGAUUGAUGUCAUACCUUGUCCAUAGACUGCUUACAGGGUAAGGAAAACAAUGUCAUUUGGGGUUAACUAACCCUUUCAACUUAAAUUGUCAAUGCUAUUGAAAUUUGUCACUUUCAGGAAAGGUAUAUUACAUUUUGCUGGCAAAUAUGCCCGGCUCAGAUUAUUACAACCAGGGAACAAUCAAUUCAGGUCGUCUGUGUCACUCAGGUCCCUGGAGGUCACAAGGUUGCUCCACACUCGUGUUGUUUCCAGACAACACGUCAUUGACACGUCUUUUUAGAGGACAGGAAACCGGAGGCUACCCUCCACCGUCAUACAUGGCCUGUUAACACUCUGCUGCUAUGACAACACCACCCUGGCCCCAGUGCAUUUGUGGAGUCAUCCAGAUUGUGUGACACUGAAACUGGUCUGACAUGUUUCACUCUCAGAUCGUAUUUCUUAGCCCUGAUGCUGAAAGACUGAAGAUGACCUUCCUGUGAGUGAUGCUCAAAGACAAAUAUUUUGCACAACCAGACAUGUAUUCUGGGAAGUGUAGUAGUACGAGACAUGAAAUGAACAAGAUACACAGAAAG